CCUCGUCCAAUCACGGAGACAUUCAGUUAACCACGCGACGUGACCUAAAAUUAUUUUCCAAAAAUACACCGGUUCGUCUGCGCGCCCGUCGCGUGCGCAACCAACAACAUAACCGCUAAAAUGGCGGCGAAAACUAUACUUAUUUCAGUUCUUUUACUUGUGAUUUUACAUAAAGUAACAGUUGAAGCAACCUCCAGUACAAAGGCACUAUUUCCUGUAGGUGGUUUGUUCAAUGAUGAGACGUUGAAGUAUUCCCGUCAGGCAUUUGAAACUAUCGGCAUAGCUCGAGGAAGCAGCAACUCGAAGGCUUAUAAUGGCCGCAUUAUCUACCCUUCGGUCAGGGAUAGCUACUCUGUUGCUUUGGAAGUGUGUCAGAAUACAUCUGAUGGAAAUGGGAUAGUAGCUUUGGUAGACGCACGACCAACGGACGGAAUUUGCGACACUGUUUGUCUGCUAUGUAAUAGGAAUAACAUUUCUCACUUGACCAUAGGAUGGGAGCCGACGGAAACAAUGUCUCAGGAUUUAUUUACGUUUUCAUUCUACCCUCCACCGGAAAUUAUUUCUAAGGCUUUCGCAACACUGAUUCGGGACUUGGGCUGGGACAAGUUCACUAUCAUGUACGAGGAUGACAGUAGUUUCGUCCGCCUUCCAGAAAUUAUAGGCUCUUGGCCGCAUACCAAAGAGCCCAUUAGAUACCGAAAGUUGGACCCAGACGGUGACAAUCGAGAAACAUUCAAAGAAAUCUUUAAAGUUUCCCGAAUGACUCAUCAUGUGAUGGAUUGUGAUACUAAGAACCUUCUCAAAUACAUGAGUGAAAUUCUUCAAGUUGAAAAUUCAACGCAAUAUCAGAGUUUCAUAUUAACAAAUCUUGAUUCGCACACCGUUGACUUACGUGCCGUGCCCAACUUGGUGGCCAAUGUGUCCACGAUGUACAUGACUACUACAGACCCAACUCGAUGGAAGGAUAUUGGUAUUGAUCCUGGAUCUGGCAUAAAGAUGGAAACAGCAUUAGCAGUUGAUGCUCUGAAUCACUUGGAGAAAGCGAUCAGAAAAAUGCAAAUGGACGAGGAAAGCGGUGGGGAAGACGGGUUCGCGAUCCCGAAGCCGGAUUACGGGACGCCACCGCAGUUAUGUUUUAAGAGCUCCAAAGCUGAGUAUGAACCCUGGGAAUGGGGCGAUAAGCUUCGACAGGCUUUGCUUGAGGUAGUAACAAAAGGAUUUACUGGAAAUAUAAAAUUCGAUAGCGAGGGUAAGAGAACUGACUUCGAGAUGCAUUACUUUAAAUUGAACAAUGAAAGUCAGUUCAUACAUGCCGGCGCCUGGGACUCCACUACCAACAUCAUUACUAAGGAACAAACCGUGCCCGAUAGAUCUAUGAUGCAGACAUCAGGCGUUAUACGGGUUUUAUCAAAAAAGGAUCUACCAUAUUUUGAUUUCAAAAUUGACGAAGAUGGGAAGACAAUACCGAGAGGUUACGCAGUGGACUUAGUUACAGAAAUUUUCAAUAUUAUAAACACGGAACAGGGCACGCAGUUCACACUUAAAUUCUGGGAGGUCCCUGACAAGCAGUAUGGCAGCCCAAUCGAAGGCACAAAAAUGUGGAAUGGAAUUAUUGGUGAAUUGAUGCAACACAAAGCGGAUUUGGCAGUUUGUGAUAUAAGCAUUACAUCGGAACGUAAUGCUGUUGUGGAUUUCUCGACCCCUUUUAUGUCUACGGGCAUCAGUAUGUUGUUUAGGGAAAGAGAUCCGGUGGACCCUGACAUGUUCUCCUUCAUCAACCCUUUGUCUUUGGACGUCUGGUUAUACCUCGCAACCACCUACAUUAUUGUCUCUUUCAUCCUUCUCAUAUGUGCCAGAAUGAGUCAAGACGAUUGGGUGAACCCUCAUCCAUGCAAUCAGAAUCCGGAGAGUUUGCAAAAUAUCUGGAGUUUGUACAACUGCAUGUGGCUUACAAUGGGCUCUAUUAUGACUCAAGGUUGCGACAUCUUGCCGAGAGGCUUAGGAUCUCGUUGGACGACUGGCAUUUGGUAUUUCUUUGCAAUGAUUGUAACUGCUUCAUAUACAGCCAACAUGUCCACGUUCCUCAGCAACAGUCGUCGAAGCAACGAUAUUACCGAUGUAAAGCAACUUUCAGAACAGAAUAAAGUCAGUUAUGGAGCCGUGUACAACGCAUCUACGUACAAAUUCUUUCAGAACUCAAAUGAUACUGUCUACCAGAAGAUUUGGCAAGUGAUGUCUACGACAAAGCCAACUGUGUUUACCCAUAGUAAUGACGAGGGAAAAGAAAGGGUGUUGAGAAGUAAAGGCAAUUACGCUUUCUUUAUGGAGUCUACUGCCAUCAAAUACUACACGGAGAGAGACUGCAUGUUGAGAAUGGUUGGACCACCACUUGAUUCUAAGGCCUAUGGUAUCGCCAUGCCGAAAAAUUUCCCACAUAAAGGAUUAGUGGACAGAGCCAUUCUUUCACUCCAGGAGUCGGGAAGAUUAGCUCAAUUGGCGAACAAAUGGUGGAAAGAAGAGGAUAACGAAAAUAAAUGUGAGAAAAUGGAAGAAGAAGACGACAGCGGAUCGUUGCAGAUGAAGAAUACCAGCGGUAUAUUCUUGGUGCUUGGGGUCGGUGGUAUACUGGGUCUGAUAGUUGCUAUCAUCGAUUUCUUGAUGCACGCAAGGAAGAUAGCUGUCAGAGAGAGGGUGUCAUUCAAGGAGGCGGUGGCGAGCGAGUGGCGCGCGUCGUUGAACCCGCGCACGUUAGCAAAGCCGGCUGCGCCGCCGCGGUCCGCGCCCCCCUCCAGCGGCUCGCCGUCACCGUUGCGCGAACGCUCGCGAUCACGCGCAGUCUCCAUCUUGCACGCUGCGUCGUCUUUCAUCAAUUUCGAUGACAUUCACUAGUCUAAAUUUGUUAUAAAUGUCUGCUAAAGGCUGUAAAUGUCGAGAUCAAAUAAAUUGUCCAUAAAUUGUACUGACAUAAUUUGGCAGAUGAUCGGUUUUAAUCGCAUUAUAAUACUUACUGUAAAAUGUAAUUUAAAUCAUACCUGAAGUAGAUAGAAGAAAAGUUCACAAAGCACUUGAGGAACUGUUUGGCAUAUUAUUUUGGAUAAACUCCAAAGUUACUAAGUAUUUACGGAUAAAAUAAAACUUGAUGAUAGUAAAGUUCAUUAUUUUAUUUAUAAUAAGUU